AUAAGAAUACAGUACCCUUAGCAUGAACCAAUAUCGAAUUCGAAUAGUUUGCGAGUGCGAAAUCUCGAUUCUAUCCAUUGGAUUUUGCAACGUGUGGUCAUAUCUCACAAUUAUUUACAAUAUUUUUUUACUGACCAAGUAUUUUUUUUCGAAUUGCAACACCGCCUUAUGGCCGCUAGUGAACGGCUAACGGGUGAAGCAAAAAGCCGGAGUGUAGUGUAGUGAUUUUAGUGAAAUCUACGUUUUACUAUUGUUUAUUUCUCAAUGACACUUUUUUACUGAUAACUAAAAGCACUUUUAAUUUAUCCAAGAAAGUUACACGGCUCCUAUCGAAUAUAUAUCCUAUGGAACUGCAAGCAUUGCUGGUAUUAUGUGGGGUGGGGGUGGCAGGCGCUGCUGCUGUGUUACUGCUGAUGGGUCUAUUCUCUGCUUCUGGCACCAGCUAUGAGGAAGCCAUUGCACAGCAGCGUAAGGCUACAACAGAAUUACUUGCAUUAGCUGAGAGCAAAAAUAAGGCAAAGAAAACAAACAAGAAAGAAAAAAAGGAAAAGAAGUUGGCAAAGAAGGAGAAAACCAAGGAUGCAGGUACAACUGGAAGUGACCCUGAAAGUGAAGCACCGGCUGAGAGUGGUAUGGAAGAUGAUUCAGUUCCAUCCGAAAAACCUCAUGUAGACUUCAGCGCACCUGUUGUGGUUGAUGUACCCAGGGAUGUACUGCCAACUGUCAAGAUUCGUAAACGCGGUAAGGAUACUAAAGUAAAGCCGAUUCUCGUAAAUAAAGAGGAUCCGAGCUGUGUCAGCGAUCCAGACGCGCUGCCUACGACAGUUUCCGUCUCCAAUCAUUUUGAGGAGAUGCAUCCUAAGGACGAGUUUGAGUUGUUGCAUUCAACACUUGCUACCGAAAAAGUGGCAGAAAAGAAAGAAGAAGUAGUGGAAAAGAAGGAAACCAAACCAUCGAAAGCUGCUAAAGUCAACAAAGUGGCUAACAAGCCCGUCCCUUCAUCUGAGCCGCCGAAGGAGGAGGCUCUUCGCGAACGCCAUAACAGUGGCGAAGCAGCCCAAAAUCCAAAGGAACAGCGAAAACCUAAGAAGGCAGACAAAAAGUCGUCUGUCGAGGAUGCGGUUGAAGAGGUAGAGAAAGAGGAGGUGGUGCCUCCCCUAAACGCCCCGCAGCCCAACGAGCUUACUACGGACAAACUACUGAAGCAAGCGCUCGCGCCCGUAUCCGCGGCGCCGGCGCCGUCGCCCCCCGCUAAGGGCAAGAAGAAGAAGCCGGAACCUAAUGUGCUGACGCUCAUGGCAGCGGGCGACGGCGGCGGCGUGAACGUCGGAGAGUUAGUGCGCGUGAUCCGCCAGGCGGCGCUGUCCCGCACCGAGAUACAGAUCCUCACGGACGCGCUGCUCAACAAGCAUCACGACCCGCUGCCCGAGCACUCCGAGUGGAGCGAGGGACCCAAUGAUCCGAUGCAGAAAUUGAAGAAGCAACUGGCGGACAAGGAAAAAGCUCUAGCCGAUGAAUUGGAAGCAAGUCAAGCUCUCCAUGCGAAAUUAAAGGAGCUGCGGGCGACGUUGAACGCGGAGCGCGGUCGCGCGGCGGCAGCGUCGCGCGCGGGCGAGCAGGCGGCGGCCACGCACCGCGCCGAGCUGCACACGCUGCAGGCGCGGCUGCAGCGGCUCGCCGACGAGAACCACGCGCUCGUGCAGGACAAACACGUGUCGGAGACGGGGCUAGUGCAGCAGCUGGCGGCGCUGCAGGCGGAGCUAAGCGCGCGCCUAGUAGAGGCGGGGCAGGCGCGCAUGGACGCGAGCGCCGCGCGUGACGCCAUGAUGAUCGCGCAGCAACACGCCGCUGACCUUGCGCAGCAGCUGCAGGAAGCGAAUCGUGCUUUUGGUGAGCUUGAACAGCAACGGCAGUGUGCUGUACACGCUGAACAGGUUGCGCAACAAGAGCUGCGUCAAACACAAGAACGGCUCAAUGCUUCGAACGAGCUUCAGAAUGAAGUACAAAGGUUAUCGAGCCGUGCACAAGCUGCAGAAAACAACUUGGAGAAAGUUAAGGAUGAAUCAGAGAAACAAAAACAGCAGCUUUCUAACGAAGUCGCAUCAUUGAGAACGCAACUCGCGGAACGCGAGUCCGAGUUGGCGGAACUUCGACAAUUGAAAGCGGCACCAGCACAGAAUGGUCUACCUUCUACUGAUCCACAUAAGGUGGCAGAACUCGCCAAGGUGGAGAGUGUAGUGGAAGCGUUACGAAACGAGUUAGCCGUCGCGCAGGUCUCGAGUCGCGAGCAACGCGACGAACUGGCACGCCUACGGGAACAACUCGCCGCCUACCAGUCUAAGAACAAUGAGUUGCGAACUAAAAACUGGAAAGUAAUGGAAGCUUUACAAUCCGCCGAAAAAUCUCUUCAGGCGAAAUCAUCAAGUGCGUUGCCGGCCCAAGACGCGGUGCGAGACGCGAUACAGAAAGCUCAAGAGACGCAAUACAACGAAGUAGCUACCGUAUUACGCGCAAUAUGCCCGUCUGCAGCUCCUAACAAAUCAGUGGGUAGCGAUUGGCUGCGAACCUUCGCCGAUAAUCUGAAAAAAGAGUUAGAGAAGAGAGAGACGGAGAAGAAGGAGGCGGAGAAGAGGGCAUCGGAGAAAGUUGUAGAAGAGAGAGUAGUAGAGAAAGUUGUUGAGAAAGUAGUGGAGAAGGAGAGUGAGUCAAGUCCACGAUUAGCUGACCUUACGGCGCAGAACGAACAGCUGCAGGGGCUCGUUGAUAAGUACAAGAGGAUCAUAGACGAUACUGAGGGUGUUCUCAGUCGUCUGCAACAGAACGUGACUACUGAGGAGCAGCGUUGGGCGCAGCAACUGGCCGACAAGCAGCGAGAGCUCGACGACCUUCGUACGAGGACAAUGCUCCAGAUGCAGAAUAAAAUAGACAGCUUACAGAACGAGUUGGAGAGAGCGCAAUCAACAAAUCACAACAAUACAUUUGUUGAUGCGGAGCGCCUUACACAGGAAAGAUUGAUGGCUGGGCUGUCUGAAAAGUAUAAUGUGGACGUUUGCAAUGGGCCUCGGCAGGUAGGAUUGGAAGAAAAAUAACAAUUAAAACAGGCAAAUCAACAUAAAACACCUUCGAGGUGUCAUUCCCAUUUAGUGAGUGCGACUGCGAACCCGCACAGGUAGCGACCGAGUACGCGUGCCAGCGUUCAACGAUCCAAAACUUAGUUCGCAAUAUAUUGAUGGACUUGUUUAAUGUUAAAAAAAGUGAAAACACGUAAAAAACUGGUGCAUUUCGAAGUAUGUAUAUGAAACGUUAUUUUUUACUGAAAUGUGUAUUCCGAUUGCGAAUUCCUAUAAUCUUUAUGUUAAGGCAACCCGCACACUGCGCAAUAUUAGCAGCUACGUUCACUCACAUGUAAAAUCAUGCUCAACUUAGAGUUAAAAUUAUUCAUUAAGGUAAAAAUUGAUUUCGAUAAUUUAUUUAGAUGUUGGAAGAUUAUUGAUACCAUAAUCUAGAAAAUCAAUUUAUGUUUUUUGCGUGUAUUUUGGCGAAAAUUACGGUUUAUUCAAUAAUACUGUAAAGACUUUGAUUUCUAACGUAAACUAUUUUAGUUAAAAAUACUUUCGACUGCAAAAUGCGAUUUUAACGUUAUUUAACUUUGCUUAAGAAUAUUUUUAUAACGACUUCUAAGUGUAGUUUCUUUACUUUUGAUUUCAAACAGAAUAGGAAAUGGCAUUUUAUGUGAACGAAUUGGUGUGAUGUGUAAAUCAUAUUUGUUCAUCGGCCACUAUUAUGUAUUAUUAGCUUUGAUGAACCUUCUCCAGUUAACUAAAUUUUAAGAUACAUUCAUAAAUUAUUACUUGAAUAAUUGAUACUGUUGGAAUUUUGGUGUGCAAUAUUGUUUUCUUGUAACAACAGUAAUAACAAAAAAUAUAUAUUAUCACAAAAUCUUGCCGUUUUCAUAAUCUACUUCGAAAGAAGGGACUAGGAAAAAACAUUACACUCUUUCUUCCUGUGCAGUCGUCAGAAAGUUCACACACAGUGAUGAUAAUAAAUAUACAGUGCAGCAUAUAAUACAAUAUAAAAAAAUAAGUUUGUUUAUUAAAAAUGUACUAUAAAAUUAUAACUCAGCUUAUGUUUCAAUUGGACAUUAUCAUUUCAACUAUUUGGAAUAAUAUACACCGCGGCAUACUUACACUUAGACGCGGUAGCAAUUUUAUAUACCCAAAACGUCUACUGAACAAAAAUUGUUUUUGUGGUUUUGCUCAAAAAGUUAGCCGCUGCCUAUACUAUAUCCAUUAAAAGUUAUAAAUGUAUACGAGACAGCCACAAAUGAGUUUGUCUUAUAUCAAAGACUUAAUUACUCAAAAUUUCGUUGUCAGUAUUUUAUAGCUGUUUUAGUUCCUAACUUAAAUAAUGAUAUAAAGAAAGACUUUCAAACUACAAUUUUUGCACCAUAAAUAUUAUCUUAGCUGUGUGUGUCUGUGUGUGUGUGAAUGCUUACUGCUGCAGAUUUUGAGAUGAUACUAGGUAUAUGUUUGUUACGCAGCUGCUGAUGUUAAUUAUGUAAGGGCGUAAGAAUUAAGGAAUGUUAUUUACUCUUUAGAUUUAUAUUAUUUAUACAUAACUUCAUAUUAUAGUGCAUAAUUUUUUUCUGUCAGUGCCUUAGGGUAAGAUUGAAUUUAACCUACUGACUGUUAAUAUCAGUGUUCUAAAAAUAAUCGCUUGUUGAACUUAAUUAAACAUACGCCUUAAAUGUGCGAUCAUUAAUUUCAGGAUUAUUUUUAUUGAAUAGUGUCAUCGACGAAAAUAAUUGGAAAACAAAUCAAUGUGUCAAAUAGCCGAGGAUAUACAUAAGCAAUAGUUGUAAUCGAUUUUAAUUGUAACAUAGGUUAACAUAUUUGUAUAAUAAAUUGAUAAUUAAUAUAUUAGAUAAAGACAUUAUCAAAUAAAAUAUUUCUUAAUCAUACA